AUGUCAAAUGAUGAAUGGGCCAGUCAUAACCUGGCAAAACAGAGAAAGUUUAUGGAAGAACGACAACGGCAAAAACGCAGACUUUCAUCGACUAACAUUCGAACUAAUGAUACAUCGAUGAUGAUGAUGAUAGCAGAAAAGAAUUGCAUGGUAACGUCUAAAAGUAGUCAUAAAUUGCAUGGUUAUAAUGGACCAUUAUGUUUUACAUCACCGGAAGAUCCGGAUCGUAUAUCACCAACUAUAGCUUCGGGAUCAACUGUUACAACAAUCGUAGCAUCACAAUAUAAUGAAAGUUCCUCGGAAGAUGAUUAUAAUAAAUCAACGUACAACUUGUCAACUGCAACAUUCGUUCCAAAUAGUACAAGUGCAACAUUUGAACCAGAUGAUGAACCGUUGGUAGAACCAUGGAAAGAUGAAAUUGAAGAGAAUGUUUUACCAUUUAAGUUUAUUAUUUACAUAUUUUGA